AUGGACGCACAAAUCGAGGGAGUUCCGGGGCAAAAUGUCAAACCCGGUUUUCCUCGGUCCAUCUUCGCCGAAAGAGAUCACUUCAGACCGGUAAUGCCCUACGGAGACUUAGGGGCUGUUUUGUUCUUGAAUACGCGGUUCUUCGGAGAGGCGCCGACUGGCCGGACCACUCGGGCUGGACGCAAUCUACGAGCACCGCCUUUCCAAAAGGACUUCUACCGCGAGCACAUCACCACGGCCCAGAGACCAAUGGAAGAAGUCGAAGCAUACCGGAAGGCCAACGAUAUUGUUGUUACGGGGGGCGAUGUUCCGAAGCCAAUCCUGCACAUCGACGAAGCUGGGUUGCCUGAACACAUAUCGAAGGUCAUCAAGGCGCGCAACCCUGGCUCAGGGCUCACCGCGAUGCAAGCGCAGUGCUGGCCAGUAGCGCUUAGGGGUAAAGACCUUGUCACCUUCAUCUACGACGUAUCAGAAGGCAAGCAUCUCGCCUACCUCGUCCCGACCAUCAUACACAUACUGCACCAGCCGGCUGAGUUGCGCGACUAUGGACCUUUAGUGCUGGUGCUUACAGCGACGCGAGAAGCGGCCUUACAAGUUCGGGAAAUUGCUGACGAGCUCAAAGUGAAGGCAGGAAUUCGGACGAUGUAUCUCCUGCCUGGAGAACCCCGGGAACCACAACUCAAGGAGCUCGAGGAAGGGGCCGAAAUUUAUUUCGCCACGCCAGGCCGCCUCGUAUAUUUCAUGAAAGAGCGUAAGAUAAGCCUGCGCCGCUGUAGUUACUUGGUGCUGGACGGAGCUGACCUUAUGAUGACGAUGGGCUUCGGGAAGCAGCUUCGCAUCAUUGCGCACAACACCCGUCCUGACCGGCAGACGCUUGUGUGGCUUUCCUCGCGCACGAUGGAUGCGAAGCAACUCAUAGACGAGUUGACGAGUGACUACGUCACGGUUAGCAUUGGGGCGGCUACACACGAGGACCCCACCCGGCGGGUCCAGCAUAUUGUUCACGUUUGCGAGAUGGUGGAGAAGGAGAGGGAACUCGAAGCCCUCUUGAACGAUGUCCUUACUGAAGAAGGUGACAAAGCCAUUGUGUUUGUAGAAAGGAAGGAAACGGUGGAAGGCAUCGUGUGCAGUCUGAGCCUCCAGGGUUGGGCCGCCGUUAGCAUCCACGGCACGAAAACAGAACAAGAACGCGAGGUGGCGCUGAACACCUGCGGUUCAGCAAUGCGUCCAUACUGGUGGCUACCGACGUGGCGGCUAGUGCUCUAG